UGGCAAGUUAUACAUUCAAUAAAUUCCCCCAUACAUCUAUUCCGUCCCUUAAUUUGACCCACCCAAAACAAAGACAAUAUAUUUAUAUAUUAUCAAUAUAAUUCCUUCUGGUUUUGAGAGAGUACAUAAUUGACUAUAUAUUAUUAUUUAAAUAACUUAUGCUUGUUGUAUUCAUAAAGAUAAAUGUUUAUUUGUAAUUAAUUAUAAAUAUAUUUAUGUGAGAAUAAUAAUUAUAUUGGAGAAGUCAUUUUUACAGAUUACCUAAAAAAUGGAGAUAAAAAAUUAUGCGUGGCAGUCAGAUCCCUUACUUCUCUCCCUUUACCUUCUUCUUCUUCCCUUGUUGCUUAUUCUCCUUUUAUUCAAGCGUAACAGAUCAUGGCCAACCAGACAACUCAACCUGCCACCGUCGCCCCCUUCAUUUCCGAUAAUUGGCAACCUCCACCAGCUAACCAAAGAUCCUCACCGCUCUCUCCGAGCACUAUCCAACAAGUACGGCCCUCUCAUGCUCUUGCACUUGGGCCAAGUUCCAACUCUUAUCGUUUCAUCACCAGAUUUGGUGGAGGAAAUAGUUAACACCAGCGACGUCGCUUUCUCCGGCCGGCCCAACACGACAGCCACUGAGUUCUUGUUUUAUGGACACAAAAACGUGCUUUUCGCUCCUUAUGGCGAGUACUGGAGACAAGCUCGGAAGAUCUGUGUCCUUGAACUCUUAAGCCUUAAAAGAGUUCAAUCUUUUCAAAUAGUGAGGGAACAAGAAGUCAACGAAUUGAUCAAUGAGAUUAGGAAAGAAGGUUGCGUUGAUGGUGGCCUUUCGAUUAAUUUGAGCAAGAUGCUUAUUCAAGCUUCCAAUAAUGUAAUGUCGAGAUGUGUUCUUGGGCAUAGCUAUAAGACUGAAGACGGAUCUAUCAGAAAGUUGGAAGAGUUGUCACGCGACAUGUCAAUGCAACUCAUGGCCUUUAGUUUUGGAGACUUUUUCCCUUGUCUGAGAUGGAUUGAUGUUCUAAGAGGUUUCGUUGGUAGACUGAGAUCGAGUUUCAGAGAUUUCGAUUCGUUUAAUGAUCGUGCUGUUCAAGAACAUAAAGCAGCGAGAAAAUGUAAUCAUCGUGAUGGUUCUGAGAUGGAAGAUUUUGUAGAUGUUCUUCUCAGACUUCAACAUGAUUCGGAGCUUGAAUUUGAGCUAACUCAAGACCACAUCAAAGCAAUCCUACAGGACAUGUUGGCUGCAGGAAAUGACACAACUUCAACAGUUGCAGAAUGGCUAUUGGCAGAGCUAGUAAGAAAUCCAAGAGUAAUGAAGAAGGCUCAAGAAGAAGUAAGAAGAGUGGUGGGAGAAAAAGCAAAGGUUGAGAUAAACGAUAUCAACCAAAUGAAUUACCUGAAAUGUGUUGUGAAAGAAAAUCUAAGACUCCAUCCACCAGCUCCUCUUCUAGCUCCUAGAGAAACAACCACAAGAGUUCAACUAGGAGGGUAUGAUGUGCCAGCAAGAACAAGAGUCAUGGUCAAUGCAUGGGCGAUCCAUAGAGACCCUAGUUUGUGGGGCAAGCCUGAUGAGUUCAUCCCUGAAAGGUUUGAGAACAAUAGGAUUGAUUUUAACGGUCAAGAUUUCAAGUUCAUCCCGUCUGGUUUUGGGAGGAGGAGAUGUCCUGGUUUAGCAUUUGGGAUUAUUAGCAUUGAGUAUAUGAUAGCUAAUCUUUUGUAUUGGUUUGAUUGGAAAAUGCCUGAUGAGAGUGGGUUGGCUGAGUUUGACAUGAGUGAAGUUUGUGGAUUGACAGUUCAUAAGAAUGUUCCUCUUCAUAUUGUGCCAAUUUCAUACUCUCCUUGAUCAUCUAUCCUGCGGAUCCUUUCCAAAUAAGGUGUGUAUGUAACACGUUUUGGAUCCAUUCUCAAAAAUCUUGUAGCUUGUUUUUUUUCCGGGUUGUUGCUAUGUGUUUUUGUAAAGUGUCAUUUUGUUACCUGUGUUUACAAUAAUGUUUAUUUGGUACGUUGUAUAUUGAAAUUGUGCAUAUUUAGUACCAUGUAUUUUGAAAUCGUAUAUAUUUGGUACCCUAAACUCAAAUUUAAUUAAUAAAAUCUUAACAAUUUAAUCAUACUGCUCUCAAUUACAUGAGUUUCAAAGUUAAAUUUAAUUACUUAAUUGCAUAUAACUUAUGGUAAUUUGGUUGGAUUGAUAAAACUUUAUUUAUCAAAUCUGAGUCUAGGGUACCAAAUAUGUAUGUUUUUAAAAUACAGAGUACUAUAUGAGUAUUAUAGAAAAAAGAGUACCAAAAUAAUUCUUUGUAAAAACACAGGUACCGAAUGACUAAAUUCCUUCACUUUUUAAUAAAAUUGGUACAUCUAGACAAAUCCCAUUUUGUUUUUU